AUGGCAGACGUUGAUCACGAGGAGACCUUUGAGGGGGCUGAUGCUGGGGCCUCACAGACGUACCCCAUGCAGUGCAGCUCUCUCAGGAAGAACGGCUAUGUUGUUCUUAAGGAACGCCCUUGCAAAAUCGUAGAAAUGUCUACAUCCAAGACCGGCAAAUAUGGCCAUGCCAAGGUCCAUAUGAUAGGAAUUGACCUAUUCAACAAUAAAAAAUAUAAAGACAUAUGCCCAUCUACGCACAAUAUGUCAGUGCCUAAUGUCGUCCGCCAGGAUUAUCAGUUUAUGAGCCUGGAUGGUGAUGGUUUCUUGUGCCUAAUGGGCGACAGAAAAGAAAUUAGAGAGAGAUCUGAAAGAGACGAAUCAUUCAAUGUGACAGUUCUCAAAGUCAUGGGGGAAGAAGUUCCAAUCGGUUGCAAAAGCGGCCAGGACUGA